AUGAGAUCGCUUCUCAAGCCACUGACGAAGUCUCAGCCUGAGGAAGAGAGUGUUGAGUACUGGGAGAAGAAACUUAAAAAAGCAAAGGUUCUGCAGGACUAUACACCAUUCCUCCUGUCACCCAUAGACAAAUCUGAUAAGGCGCGGUUUAUUUACAGAAUCGGCCUUCAGAAAGGCUUGCCAGACAACCUAUUCGGUCACCAAGAGAAGGUAGAACGACUGGCAGCACUCCUGGAUCGAAAGGGGAAACAAAUAUCCGCGCGUGUUCUUCGUUUCUUUCAGUUCCACACACAGCCGCCGGAUUAUUCUGUGUUGGCAUGGUGUCAGAGUCUCCUUGAGAUGGAGAGACAAACCCAGCGUAUUGUUCAAGCACUGAUCUUCUUGGAGAAAAGGCUGGAAUGGGGGCGAAAUGCUCUCACUCAAACCUCACACUUGGAAUAUCGCCAAAAGCUGGAAUCAGAGUUGGAUGACACUGAAAAGCAUCACAAACGUCUUGUGGCCAUGUAUACACAGUGCCGGAGUGAUAAGGGCGACCACAGGUGGCAUAUGCCUAGUGGUCUCUUCCGCAGAGCAUUCUUCUCCUGGAGAUCUUACCCCAAGUGGUAUCUGUGUACCUCGCUGUUAUACGAAUGUGCAGCCCGAGGAGGCUGCUGCUCUAGAACGUGCGGCUGCUGCUCGCGCAAGAGAGAGACUGACAGGGUUCCUUAUCACUCCCAUUGCACUGAAUUUUGCCCAUGUUGUCUCGCUACGAAUGGGACCUCACCUUCUGACCACAUCCCGGAUAUCGACGUAAAGGUCGAAGAGGAUACAGUCAAAUUUAAUGUCAUCUAUGGGCAGGAUCUGUACAGCCGUCGAGUAUACCGCGCUUGUAUCUGGGGAGUAGAUAUCAUCAACGAUAUCGAGGAUUGA